UCAUUAUGAAGAGAGAUCUGGUUUUCUUGGUGACUCUAAUUAGCCUUGCCUUCCUGUCACUGCUAAGGUCUGGAUAUCCUCAACAUAUUGCAGAAGAGUCCUGCUCUGUUCAAAUUCUCGUUCCAGGCCUCAAAGGGGAAGCUGGAGUAAAGGGGGAGAAAGGUGCGCCAGGUCGUCCGGGAAGAGUUGGGCCUCCAGGAGAAAAAGGAGAAAUGGGGGACAAAGGACAGAAAGGCAGCAUAGGACGGCAUGGAAAAAUCGGUCCUAUUGGUUCAAAAGGUGAAAAAGGAGAUAAUGGUGACAUAGGACCACCAGGUCCUAAUGGUGACCCAGGCAUCCCCUGUGAGUGCAGCCAGCUAAGGAAGGCUAUUGGUGAAAUGGAUAUCCAAGUGGCCCAGCUGACAACGGAACUAAAAUUCAUAAAAAAUGCUGUUGCUGGUGUGCGUGAGACAGAUAAUAAGAUAUAUCUGCUGGUGAAGGAAGAGAAACGAUACAAGGAAGCCCAGCUCUACUGCCACGGAAGAGGAGGAACGCUGAGCAUGCCCAAGGAUGAGACUGCCAACAAUCUGAUCGCCUCAUACAUCAACCAAGCUGGCCUCACCAGAGUUUUCAUUGGGAUUAAUGACCUAGAGAAAGAGGGAAAUUUUGUCUAUUCUGACCGGUCGCCCAUGCAGACCUUCAACAAAUGGCGCAGUGGGGAGCCCAACAACGCUUACGACGAGGAGGACUGUGUGGAGAUGGUGGCGUCCGGAGGGUGGAAUGAUGUUGCGUGUCAUAUUACCAUGUAUUUUGUGUGUGAAUUUGACAAAGAAAAUGUGUAAGCUUAUCUGCUCUUUAUUUUAAGAAAAGGUUUUA